AUGGAACAACAUAUAAGGCCUGCUCGGCCCAAACGCAGGGCUAAAGGAGAGGUGGGGUCCGGGUGUCAUAGAGACGAAGCCCUAAUCGGUGGCAUCAUCGCCAGAGCCCAGAGCCGUCCCCCCUCCCCAUCCCUGGGAUCACCAACUCCUCUCCCCCUCCCUCCCCCCGCCGCCGCCGCCAUGGAGCCCGCCCCCGCGUCGCCCGAUCCGGCGCCCCGCUCCCCGGCGCCGUCGCCGGCCAAGAGGUCCGCCUGGAAGCAGCCCUCCCGCUCCGCCGCCGCAGCCAACGGCGCCCCGCACGCCGACGCGCCGCCGCCGCCGGCCGUCAUGGACGCCGACCACUGGCCCGCGCUCGCCGACGCCGCCAGGACCAAGACCCUGCUCCCGGCCCCCGCGCCCCCCUCUGACUCCCCCAAGCCUCCCCCGGACCCCGCCAACGCCGCCGCCGCCUCAUCGGCCAUGGCGAACCAGUCCAACUCGCCCCGGCACGGCGGCUCCGGGACGCACCACGGCCGCCACAAGACGGCUAGGCGCGGGGGCUCCGGCGGCAGCGGCGGCGGUGGGGACCACUCCCCGCGGGAUCACCAGGAGAGGGGCGCAGGCGGCUGGGACCAUGGCGGCGGCGGGAGGGGUGGCCAGAGAAGCCACCACAACAACGGCGGCAGGAGGGGCGGUGGCAACGGUGGCCCGGGCGGCCCAGGAGGUGGUGGAGUUCCUCACCACGGAGGGUUUGGGGGCCGCCGGAGAGGCGGGUUUGAUGGUGGCUUCUACCGUGGCCCAGCAGCAAUGGGCAUGGGGCCGUACAUGCGGGGGGCACCGCCGCCGCCCCCUCCGCUGACCGUCGCUCCUCAAUUCAUGGGCCCCCCUCCUCCCGGCUCGCAUGUGCGAGCCUUUGCUGGACCGAUGAUGGCGUUCCAUGAUAUGCCAUCGCCCGUGUCUCCUGUUUCCCCAAUGUACUUUGUUGGGCCUCCGCCGCUUCCGGAGGCUCUCAGGGGAAUGUUCGCACCUCAUAUGGUCGGGCCACCUGCUUAUCCCUACUUCCAGCCCCAGGCUGAGCUUGAGCCUGAACCUGAGCCUGAGCCUGAACCUGAGCCUGAGCCUGAGCCCAAGGCUGAUCCGGAUUCUGAGGCUAAUCCCCGCCAGAAGCUGCAGAAGCAGUUUGAGUUCUACUUCAGCAAGGAUAACUUAUGUGGAGAUGUUUACUUGCGGCAACAUAUGGAUGAGGAGGGCUUUGUAUCGGUCCCUUUUAUGUCAACUUUCAAUAAGGUCCGGGGAAUCACUGCCGAUAUUCCUAACGCCAAUUUGCAGUAUAUAAUAGAAACAAUUCAGUCCUCGUCUAUACUGGAAGUGAAGGGCGACAAAGUUAGGAGGAAAGAUGACUGGGACAAAUGGUUAAUUCCGAAAGAGAGCAACCCUAAUAUUCCGUCAAGCUCUGCAGCAGCUGUGCCAAGCCCCAGCACCAAUGUGAAUGAUCUGACAGCACAGCUUGGAGGUGUGGGCCUGCAAGAACCAGCUGGCCCUAGUAGCACGGUGGACCAGAACCAUCAUGAGGUAGUCCAGAAUGGAUCGGCUUCCAGCAAUAACCCAGCACCGGCAGCUGAAGAAAGCGCUGGUCAGCGCUAGCCACACACCGUCUCGUUAUCACACUAUGACUGCAAGGGUUUUUGUCCGAGCGCGAGUGACGAGAGUAGAAAUGAUGAUGAUACUUUGCGAUUUUUGGAAGGUGGUAUGCUUGCGGGGUUGCAUUAGACUGACAAGCGGGUUCGUUUUGCGGGGUUGAUGUGGCUUUCUGGUUAUUGGUGAAAAUCGGCCUACUAGCUGAAACGAUAGGCGGCCAAACAAAAAGGUUUAUCGUGUAGGGGGGCAUCAAACGCGAUGAGGGGGAGAAGCUGAAGAAGAGGAUGGAAAGACGCUGCUGAUUAGGGCUAGUUGCUUAGUGUGCGGUUCCCGACCGCUGUCGGUUAUUUUGGCUAUGUGGGUUAUUGAAGUCCAAAACUCUGUCGGUUUCUUCCCCCCAUUUGGAUUGGAUGUAAACCUCCAUUUUUUGACGGAGGAGGAUGAUGUGAUGAACUUUCUUGUCAGCUGUUUCGCCAAACGAGAAUGUUGUACAACUCCUUGGUGUACUAUUUUACAGACAUUUCCUCU